AUGUCACAAGCAGUCUACUCCGCUGUCCCAACCAACGACUCCCUCAACAACGACUCAUCACCACAACAGCAGCGACAUGACCCCCACAAGGACCUGCCUCAAUUCACAUGGCGAGCGGUGGGAGUGGGCAUCGGGAUAGGAGCACUCCUCUGCUUCACAAACAUGUAUUUCGGCCUCCAAACCGGUUGGAUCUCAAUGAUGUCCCUCCAAUCCUCCCUCCUCGGUUUCGCAAUCUUCAAAGCCGCAAAGCCCUUCCUCUCCACCCCCUUUGGCCCCGCUGAGAAUAUCGUCCUCCAGUCAAUUGCGGUCGCCACGGGGACUAUGCCAUUGGCUGCUGGGUUUGUGGGGAUCAUUCCGGCGCUGCAGAUGAUGACGGUUGAGGAUAAUCCUGGCGGACCGGUUUUUUUGAGUGCGGGGGAGAUGGUGCUUUGGUGUUUGGCGAUUGCGUUCUUUGGGGUCUUUAUUGCGGUGCCCUUGAGGAAGCAGGUUAUCAUUAGGGAGAAGUUGCCCUUCCCGUCGGGGACUGCCACUGCGCAGAUGAUUGGGGUUUUGCAUAACACGCCGUUGGUUGUUGGAGUUGGAGAGGAUAAGCAUGGACAUGGAGGUGAGAGUACCGUUCGGCGGAGGAGGAAUCAUGGGCGUUCGAAUGGAGAUGGUGUUGAGGACGAAGAGUCGAGCAUUUUGCACGUAAGUUCUUCAACCAACAACAAGAAUUACAGCAGCACUGCGACAACGACCGGUCAACAGCCCUUGGAUAACCGAACCUCACUCUCGGCCAACCUCGGACAACAGAUGGCUCCUCUAGGUUCCAGCGCCAACAUCCUCGAGAACGCCUCUUCUUCAUCCAGCACCACCAACAACAACAACAGCAGCGAGGACGGCCGUAUCGAGAUUGGAGGCGAGGAUGGAGAAUUCAGUCUGGACAAGACGUUCUUGGAGGAGGACAACUGGCGGAUGAACAUGACGGCUCUCGGAAUCUCCUUCACGCUCUCGGGCCUCUACACCGUUCUCUCCUACUUCGUCCCCGCCAUUGCUGCGAUCCCCGUCUUUGAUUGGCUCUCCGGGAUGACGAUUGCCUUUGGAGCCACCUGGCAAUGGUUUUUCACCCCCUCGUUGAGUUAUAUCGGACAGGGCAUCAUUAUGGGCUUUCCGACGACCGCAUCCAUGUUGUUGGGUUGCUUUGUAGGCUGGGGAAUUCUUUCUCCGUUGGCGACGUUGAACAAGUGGGUUACUGGGCCGGUUGGGAACUCGACCACAGGUGCCAGGGGUUGGAUUCUGUGGAUCUCGCUUGGGGUUAUGAUUGCAGAGUCGAUUGUUUCGCUGUUGGGGGUUGUGGUUAUGUCGUUGGUCGCUCAUCGGAGGUACAAGAUCCGGGUUGCCCGUCUUGCUGAGCGCAGGAUUCUUUUGGAUGCUCCUCAACCUGCUGGAUCCACUUCUUCUGCCUCUACUGCCGUCAACAAGUACAAGGAUGAUGAGGAAGACGAAGAAGACAACGACGAUGCACCUAUCGACCAACUCGUCCCCCUCAAAAUCUGGGUCUGCGGUCUCAUCCUCUCCUCAAUCCUCUGCCUCUUCCUGAUCUGGGUCCUCUUCCGCGACCAACACAUGCCCGUCUACGCGACCCUCUUGGCCCUCAUCCUCGGAUCCCUCCUCAGCGUCCUUGGCGUCCGCGCCCUAGGCUCAACCGACCUCAACCCCGUCUCGGGGAUCGGAAAAGUCUCCCAAUUCGUCUUUGCUGGUGUCGUCCCCGGCGGCAUCGUCGCCAACCUCAUUGCAGGAGGCAUUGCGGAAGCAGGAGCCCAACAGGCCGGCGACCUCAUGCAGGAUUUGAAGACGGGUCACCUCAUGGGCGCGUCGCCAAAGGCCCAAUUCUGGGGACAGUUGAUUGGAUCUCUCGCUUCGGUGUUUAUUUCCACGGGGGUUUACAAACUCUACUCGGCCGCCUAUGAAUUACCAGGUGAAGUGUUCGCGGUGCCGACGGCAAGGAUCUGGUUAGAACUCGCUCGUCUCGUCAACGGACAAUCCCUCCCAGCCCACACCGUGCCCUUCAUCCUCGGAUUUGCAACCCUAUUUGCCGGCCUGACGAUCCUUACAACCGUCUACUCUGACGUCGCAUUCCUCAAAUCCAAGGACAGACACGGGAACCCAAUCCAGCGCCCUAAAUGGUUAACAUACAUCCCCUCCGGAAUCGCAUUCGCCAUCGGGAUGUACAACCUCCCCAAUUUCACGCUCGCCCGCUUUGUCGGAGGUAUCGUCUCUGUCGGCUGGGACUGGUACUGUAAGCAGUACCCUGGCAACAAGUACGCGAAGCUCGGAAGAGUAUUCUUGAUCAUCAUCGCCUCCGGCUUUGUGUUGGGCGAGGGGACGUUAUCGAUUGUGAACUUGUGCCUGAAGACGGCUGGGGUUCAUUCUUGGACUUGUGCUGGAUGCGUUGAGGGGAUCUGCUAUUGUAAUUAG